CUGUGCUGCUGCUGCGUGCUGGGCAAUGACGGCCGUCAGAGACUCGUUCAGCUCAAUCUUUUCCAUGCUGUCGCGCUUGAUUGAAUUUGUCUAUUGGCCGAUAGUUCGUACACGCGCCAAUUCGAUUUGACAUAUGUUUAUUUUAUGGUCAGUUCUCUGGUACAACAUCCUUAUCAGAGCCAUAAUGUUCCGCCAACCUGUCCACCUUACCAGGUUAUUGAGCACCUCCUGGACUUGUAUCUCGGACGAAAUCUCUGAUGAAGAGGUCAUGGCGAAAAGAAAAGUGUGUGUUCUUUCUUUCCUAUCCGCAAUAAGAGGCAUCCUUGUUAGUCGUUGCGAUGGGUUGAAUACCACUAAGUCCCACUGUCUUGUCGUUUUUAUAGUUUCGUUUGUAUGUGCCCCAUGCGCUUGCACAUCCACUCUAGAAAGCAGCCUUAUCCACAUCCGUCGGCUGGGCUAUGUCUGGCGAACAUCACGGAUGAGGGCCCUUUCAGACAGGGUGUUCAAGGGUUGUCCAAAGAGGGAUGUGUGUGAUACGAAGCACUUGACAGGAGAUAGGGCUUCUGGGGAAUGGGGGCGGCAGGACUUGUUAGUGGGUUCUCGUUUUCUCAUGGGCUUCAUGUGCACUUACUUUUUUUUGUCUCUCUUGGUUCUUGGGCGGGCAGGAAGGAAUUGGUCACGUUGAAGAGAAAAGAAUCGACAAAAGCGUGAUUUGGCCCCCAAAGUGACCAGCUU